AGAAGAGAGCCGUUUCUUAAGGGAUUGAAAAAUGAUCGAUCCUUCAAAGUACGUUGCCAUUGAUUGCGAGAUGGUGGGACUUGGACCCAAUGGCUUUGAGAGUGGCCUGGCACGGUGCAGCAUUGUGGACUACAGUGGGACUGUGAUCUAUGACAAAUUUAUUAAACCAGAUGGGAAGAUAACUGAUUUCAGGACCCCUGUGAGUGGGAUUCGUCCGUUAGAUAUGGAUACAGCUUUGCCUUAUCCUAUCGCCAGGGAGGAGAUUUUGAAGAUUAUACAAGGGAAAAUUAUUGUGGGCCACGAUCCUAGAUCUGACUUCCGAGUCCUGAAAACGGACAUCUCAGAUUAUGCCAUACGGGACACAUCUUCGUGCAAGUUACUGAUCAUGAAAGCAAGACUGAAAACUGACAGACGUGCCUCGUUAAAAAGCCUCUGCCAGAACUUACUGGGGAAAAGGAUACAGGACAGCUACAGAGGACACUCCUCUGUCGAAGAUGCGAGUGCGGCUAUGGAACUUUUUAAACUCGUGGAUAUAGUGUGGGAACUGCACCUCCGUGAGGGACGCAGAGUGGAGAUAGUGAACCGAUUUGAGAAUCGAAACAGAUAUCAGUGAAUAAAACAGCAUUGCCAGAAUACGGAAAGGAACUCUGAUUUUCGUGUAUCACAACGAACAUGGAAUGGUGUCUGCUGUUAACUCAAGAUCAACAAGAUGCAUUGCAUUGUUUCAUUUUUCUCUCUGUUUACAUUUUCUGUUGCUUCCUUCCUGAAUUGCAGUUUUAGUCUCCACAUUCAAGUGGUUUGCUGUGUGUGACCCCAGACUAUUAGCCUGCUGACAGGCAGGGCUGGAAGGGUGGGGACUGCUUCACAGUUGAUCCCAACAUCUCCACCCCUUUACAAUCCCGCAUCCUCUUCAGGAGCCACUGGGAGGCGAUCAGGAGCAUGAACCCUGCCUGAUUAUUGAUCCACGCCCUCAGCCCUCCUGUCUUUAGCUCAGGGAUUUGGGGCAAUUGCAAUGACUUUACUUGUGUCCUCGUUACUGUGGAUUAAACAUGG